AUGGAUGAUUAUAUCAAAAAAUUGAUGAGAUGGGAAGCAUUUUAUGGAGAAGAUUAUGGAGAAGAUGAUGAGCAGCAGGUCGUGCACAAUGAACAGCACGUGAACUACAAUGAACCGCAAACCGUAAAUCAACAGCAGGGAUUUGAUGAUCAAAAUAUAGAGAAUUUUCAGAAUGAGAAUGCCGUUUCGUUUGAUGCUAGUCAAACUUUUGUUAGUAAUGAGAUUUUUAGUAAUAGAGAAACACUCAUUGAAUGGGUUAAGACGGUUGGAAAAGAAAAUGAUAUGGUUAUUGUUAUAAAGAGUUCUGAAUCUGGGGGUAUAGGAAGAAAACCUAGAGUUCGUCUUGCUUGUGAAUGGAGUGGAAAGUAUAAAUCAUCAAAAAAAGGAGAUGAGACAAUAGGAGAAACAAACCGUAGGACGACAGGUUCUAAAAAGUGUGGUUAUCCAUUUGAGUUACUUGGUGUUAAAUUAUCAAAUGAACACUGGAUGUUGAAAGUUGUAUGUGGAUUGCACAACCAUUUACCAGCAGCUCAACUUGAGGGUCAUUCAUAUGCUGGCCGACUUACAGAGAAAGAGAAACAAAUUUUGAUAACAAUGUCUAACAAUCUUGUGAAGUCUAGAAAUAUUUUGAUGACGUUAAAGGCAGAAGAUGAAAAAAAUGAUGAGUAUGAACAUCGUCUGUAUGAGUUAACACUUGAGUAUCAUGCAUAUGAGGGUGCACUUAAUUAUGUGAGAAAGACAUGGUUGAAUGAUUAUAAGGAGAAAUUUGUUGCAGCAUGGACAAAUAGAAUAAUGCAUUUUGGCAACGUUACUAUGAACAGGGCUGAGAGUGCACAUGCAAAGUUGAAAAGACAUCUUGGAUCUUCUCAAGGUGACUUAGAGUCAUCAUGGACAAUUAUCAAUAGUCCUAUUGAGUUGCAACAUGUAGAGAUUAAGGGGUCAUUUGAAAAAAGUUUAACGUUAGUGCAACAUAACUUCAAGCCAGUAAUUUUUAGAGAAUUGGGAGGUGUUAUAUCGAAAAGUGCAUUGAAUAUGGUGCUAAUGCAAUCGCAACUUGCUCAUAAAAUUGGGAUAGACAAAGUUUCGUGUGGAUGUGUUAUUAGAACCACAUAUGGUUUACCUUGUGCAUGUGAAAUUGCAGAGUUCAUGGUACAAGGACGACCAAUUCCUUUGUCAACUGUGCAUAUUCAUUAG